GGAGGGGGGCUCCACCGGCCUCACCGCGGCCGGCAGCUCGCACCUCCCGCACCUUCCCCGCCCCGCGCGCCUCAGGGGCCGCCGCGGGCCAUGCCGUCCUCCCGGGACGAGCCCGACGGCGCCGCGCGGGACCCGAGCGAGGAGCAGCCGCCCGGCUCCGCGCCUCUAGGCGACGCUCUGCUCCCCGGCCCGGGACCCUCCGACGGCCUGGAGGCAUGCGCCGAGAAGGUGGAGGUGAGGCUGGCGGGAGCGGCGGACGGCGAGCCUCCGGAGCCGCCCGAGGGAGGCUGGGGCUGGCUGGUGAUGCUGGCGGCGAUGUGGUGCAACGGGUCGGUGUUCGGCAUCCAGAACGCGACCGGGGUACUCUUCGUGUCCAUGCUCAAGACCUUCGAGUCCACGGACAAGAAGAGCUUCAAGACAGCAUGGGUAGGCUCGCUGUCCAUGGGAAUGAUUUUCUUUUGCUGCCCGAUAGUCAGCGUCUUCACAGACUUAUUUGGUUGUCGGAAAACAGCCGUUGUGGGUGCCGCCAUCGGGUUCAUUGGACUCAUGUCUAGUUCUUUUGUAAGUUCCAUCGAGCCUCUGUACCUUACUUAUGGGAUCAUCUUCGCCUGCGGCUGCUCCUUUGCAUACCAGCCUUCCCUGGUCAUUCUGGGACACUAUUUCAAGAAGCGCCUUGGACUGGUGAAUGGCAUUGUGACCGCCGGCAGCAGCGUCUUCACGAUUCUGCUGCCCUUCCUUCUGAGGUUUCUGAUUGAUAAGGUGGACUUCUUCAUCACGCUGAGGAUCCUCUGCAUCUUCAUGUUCGUUCUCUUCCUGGCUGGCUUCACUUACCGACCUCUUGUUCCCAGUGCCAAAGACAAAGAGAGUAAAAGCAGCAGAUUCUCCUUCUUUUCCAGAAGAAAGUUCAGUCCUCCAAAAAAAAUUUUCAAUUUUGCCAUCUUUAAGGUGACAGCUUAUGCUGUGUGGGCAGCUGGAAUACCACUUGCACUCUUUGGAUACUUUGUGCCUUACGUUCACUUGAUGAACCACGUGAACAAGAGAUUUCCGGAUGAAAACAACAAAGAAGUGUUGCUCAUGUGCAUCGGCAUCACCUCUGGCAUCGGGCGGCUCCUCUUCGGCCGGAUCGCAGACUACGUGCCCGGGGUGAAGAAGGUUUACCUGCAGGUACUCUCCUUUUUCUUCAUUGGUCUCAUGUCCAUAAUGAUUCCCCUGUGCAACAUCUUUGGGGGUCUCAUCGCUGUCUGCCUCAUCAUGGGUCUCUUCGAUGGAUGCUUCAUCUCUAUCAUGGCUCCCAUCGCCUUUGAGCUGGUCGGUGCCCGGGAUGUCUCCCAAGCAAUUGGAUUUCUGCUCGGAUUUAUGUCUGUCCCCAUGACUGUGGGCCCCCCAAUCGCAGGGCUACUUGAAGACAAGCUGGGCUCCUACGACGUGGCCUUCUACCUCGCUGGAAUCCCCCCGCUGGUCGGCGGCACGGUGCUCUGUUUCAUCCCGUGGGUUCACAGCAGGCAGCAGAGAGAGAACAAGCAAAGCAGCGGAGAAGAAAAGACGGAGAAAAUGUUGGAGAACCAGAACUCUCUGCUGUCUAGCUCAUCCGGAAUCUUCAAGAAAGAAUCUGACUCUCCUAUUUAAUGACUGACAUACCCCCACCAGACUGGACUUGCUUUUGCGUGUUCAGCAAGUUCCCCUUUUAUAUAAAUUGGAAAUUCCUUAUUUUUUUAAUCACAUCCUUGGAAUAGCACAAUAAUCAGGAAACUGAACCAGUUACUACACGCACCACCAUCUGCCACCAGAUAGCUGAUAUCUCUACAAGUCUGAGGAACAAGACUCUCAUACAUGGAAACAAAUGCAAAAGGCAGAUAUUAUGACAUUUUGGAGCUAUCUCAUAAAAAAGGCAACUUUGGAAACUGUGAAUGUGAUCUAGCUUGUAUAAAUAUUUGAAAAUACCUCAAGCUAUACUAAAAGCGUUACAGUUUGGCUAGGAAGAAAAUCAUUUUGUCUGUUGUCUCACAUGGUGUGUCAUUUUAGUUUUAGUCCCUCACCUCUGUUUUAAUUUCUUCCGUUCUUCCGUGAGAUAGCAGCCCAGAUCCCAGAUUACAGCAGAAAGUUCAACUCUGUUGCUCGCCUGUGUCAAGUGGUGUGAAGCUAAGGCGUUCUGACUUGUUGCCGCGUCCAGGGGCCUUCUGGGAACAAGUGCUAACACCGCAUUCAGAAUCAACCCGUGAGCUGACAAGGACCCCACCCAGAGGGCAGGACCUUCAGAAAAGAGGCAUCUCUUCCAGUCACCUUUGUUCCCUUGUGGUUUGCAGUGUGUUUUUCACUCAAGUCUCCAGAAACAUCCCACGUUUCUGGACUUGUUUUAAGAAAUAAAGUAAAAUUGGAAAAUGUGAAAGAGGUUCUGGCACUUGUAACUUAGAACUUCCCUGACUGGUGAAUUUGUGUUAGCACUGAUCAGCAAAGUCUUAUUGAGCACACUAUCAGGUGGGAGUUAGAGGCACCAAUGACGGGGAGCAAGACCGUUGUAUCUGGGGAGAAGAUGUCGUCAUAGAAAUGGCUGGCUGAAGUAGACGGGUGUUAAAGCGGUCAAAGUGCUCGUUAGGAGAGGCGGCACCUACACUUCCAAGAUCUUCUAGCAAGGCUUUGCCAUCAUAGGUGUAGUCAUACGUCACUCACCACAGGGACACAUCCUGAGCAGCGUGUCACUCGGGGACAUCACAGAGUGUGCCCAGCGCAGGCUGUGGCAGCACCAUGUCUCCAGGAUGUCAGCUGAGAUGCCCUGCACCACAGAGGGCCAUGUUAUCCCAGUGUACCCCCCAUUAACAUUCCUGGGGUUUUUUUUUCCUAUUUCUAUUUCUGUUUUCCUAUUUCUAUUAAGAAAGCUGUCAGUUUCAAGGGUCUAAAAUUCAGUCAGACCAGGACCCGGUUUCAUGCAUGAGACAGGAGCACGUUUCCUGUCUUUGCAAUCAUGCUUUAGUACUGAGACCUCUGAAAGUUAGUAAUAUCUAAAGUGUAUUUAAAUCCUAAGCAUAAGUGUGUGUGUUAGAUCUUGCUUGAAUGCAUCUUGUUCAUCUGGGAACAAUAUUUUUCUUUUUUUUUUUUUCCAGAAACACCCAUUUGUUUGUAAAUUAUCUGCACAGUAUGGAAUGUCUGUAGUUUCAUCAGUUUCAUUCCUCAUUGUUCUUAAAAGUUAGUCUUUCCAUGCCAUGUCUGUAGCCGAGGCAGAGGUACCUGAAGGACAGGCAGCACUCCAGUUGCUGGUUUCUGGGGGAGGGCGGGGGUUGGAGGGAAGGGAAACUGUUAACAGUCUGAAGAUCCACUGGCUCUCCGUAUCAGUUUUAUCAUCUGACAAAGUGUGCAUAUUAAAUAUUGGAUGUAUUUUUAACAGACUUUUUCUCAUAAAGACAUUCAAAAGUGUAUUCUUCUAUACUCACAGUAUAACCUACUACUUACAAUAGUUUCAUAUUUCACAUUCAGGUGUCUUUGGUAAUUUGCCAUAGAAGGUUCUGUUGUGGUGGGAGAAAAUCUAUAUUGUGGCUGUCCUGCCUUUUCAUGCUGCACUGUAAGCUUUCAGCAGGUGAUUUGGACACACUGUAUCAUCAGCUCCUUCAAACUUUGCUUGCUUGGUUUUACCACAUGCUUUCAGGAAGUUUAACAAAAACAUACCAGAAAGACUGGUCAUCAAAGCUGCCAUUAUGAGGGCCCAGUGUUUUGUUUUCCGUUUUAGCUUAGAUUCUUAAAGACAUCCCAAAUUGUUAAAUAAAAAGUUUACUUUUUGAA